AUGGAACAUGAGGCGCUACCUGACAUUCUAGCAAUGUUUUUGAAGUUCGAUGAAACAUAUUUUGACGGGCAGUUGAAGAAGGAUUGUUAUGUUGAAUGGAGUUCACGAAUGUUUGUGUGAGUUCUCGAAUAUUCAUAUUUUUAUUAGAACAAUAACAAUUUAUGCUUGUUUCAGAUGUGCUGGUAUUUGCAGUCAUGGAAGUGGUGAUACGUUCUGUACAAUUCGUCUCAGCAAACCACUUCUGAAACUUCGCCCAAGAACUGAUUUGGUCGAAACUUUGUUGCAUGAAAUGAUUCAUGCGUUCUUAGGCGAUGAUGCAGAUUAG